AUGGCGCCCGCGGCGGCGCUGCUGCUGGCGUGCGCCGUCGCCGCGCUGGCAUGCCUGGCACUCGCGGACCCGCCGGCGAGCGAGCAGACGGCGCUGCUGGCCUUCCUCGCGGCCGUGCCGCACGAGCGCAAGCUCGGGUGGAGCGCCUCCACGCCGGCCUGCGCCUGGGUCGGGGUCACCUGCGACGCCGCCAACUCCACCGUCGUCAAGCUGCGCCUACCCGGGAUCGGGCUCGUCGGCCCCAUCCCGCCGGGGACCCUCGGGCGGCUAGCCAACCUCCAGGUGCUGUCCCUCCGCGCCAACCGCGUGUCCGGCACCAUCCCCGACGACCUCCUCCGCCUCUCCGCCCUCCGGUCCCUCUUCCUGCAGGACAACGCCGUCUCCGGCGCCAUCCCGCCGGGGGUCUCCGGGCUGGCCGCGCUCGAGCGGCUCGUGCUCUCCCACAACAAUUUGUCGGGCCCCAUCCCCUUCGCGCUCGGCGGCCUCGCGGCGCUGCGCGCGCUGAGGCUCGACGGCAACCGGCUGUCCGGCAAGAUCCCCAGCAUCGCCAACCCGGGGCUCAGGGCGUUCAACGUUUCGAACAACAUGCUCAACGGCUCCAUCCCGCGGGCGCUGUCGCGCUUCCCCGCCGACGCCUUCGCCGGGAACCUCCAGCUGUGCGGCACCCCGCUGCCCCCCUGCAGCCCCUUCUUCCCGUCCCCGGCGCCGGCGCCGGGGAUGGGCCCGAGCGACGGCGCGCCGGGGAGGAAGAAGAAGAAGCUGUCCACCGCGGCGAUCGUCGGCAUCAUCGUGGCCGCCGUGGCCGUCGCGCUGCUCCUGCUUCUUCUGGCCAUCGUGUUCUGCUGCAAGAAGAGGGCCCGGCGAGGCGCGCGCACGGAGGGACCGAAGGGCACGGCCGCGGCGGCGGGGCAGACAGGCACAACCAGACCGCCGGCGGCGUCCGGCGAAGGCACGGGCACCGCGUCCUCGCCAAAGGACGACGCGGGCACCUCCGGGGCGGUGGCCGCGGCGGGCGGCGGGACGGGGGAAACGAGCCGGCUGGUGUUCGUGGGGAAGAGCGCGGGGUACAGCUUCGACCUGGAGGACCUGCUGCGGGCGUCGGCGGAGGUGCUGGGGAAGGGGAGCGCGGGGACGUCGUACAAGGCGGUGCUGGAGGAGGGGACGACGGUGGUGGUGAAGCGGCUCAAGGAGGUGGCGGUGGCGCGGCGCGAGUUCGAGGCGCACAUGGAGGCCGUCGGCGGCGUGGAGCACCGCAACCUGCUCCCCGUCCGCGCAUACUACUUCUCCAAGGACGAGAAGCUGCUCGUCUACGACUACCUCCCCGCCGGCAGCCUCUCCGCCAUGCUCCACGGGAGCCGGGGCUCGGGCCGGACGCCCAUGGACUGGGACGCGCGCAUGCGCUCGGCGCUGUCGGCCUCCCGCGGCCUCGCGCACCUCCACUCGGAGCACAGGCUCGCGCACGGCAACGUCAAGUCCUCCAACGUGCUGCUCCGGCCGGACCUCGACGCCGCCGCGCUCUCCGACUUCUCCCUCCACCCCAUCUACGCGCCGACGUCCGUCCGCGCGGGCGCCGGCGGGUACCGCGCCCCGGAGGUGGUGGACACGCGGCGGCCGACGCUCAAGGCGGACGUCUACUCCCUUGGCGUGCUCCUGCUGGAGCUCCUCACCGGCAAGUCCCCGACGCACGCGUCCCUGCAGGAGGGCGACGGCGGCACGCUGGACCUGCCGCGCUGGGUGCAGUCGGUGGUGCGCGAGGAGUGGACCGCCGAGGUGUUCGACGUCGAGCUCGUGCGCCUCGGCGCCAGCGCCGAGGAGGAGAUGGUCGCGCUGCUGCAGGUGGCCAUGGCCUGCGUCGCCACCGUGCCCGACGCGCGCCCGGACGCGCGGGACGUCGUCAGGAUGAUCGAGGAGAUCGGGGCCGGCCACGGGCAGACCACCACGGAGGAGAGCGCGCGGGCGACCACCUCCGAGGAGGAGCGCUCCAGGGGCACGCCGCCGGCCGACCCGACGCCGUAG